CUGUGUUUACUGUUAGCUAGUUACAGCUCUUUGUUUUUGUCAUCUCUAGAAAGUCAAAAUGUCCCGGCUGUGUAACAGCCUACUUUAUGUGCCAUAACUAUCCGAGGGCAGAUAUUAUAAAAGAUACUGAUAGACGGUUUCAGGAUACAGAUUUGUUUUCCUCCAUAUUUUUUUUUUUUUUUUUUUUUUUAAAUUUGUUUUGACCACUUGUAACUGAAGAGGAAGCUUCAUCUGGAAACGUCUGCGUAAGGUCAUCCUAAAGUUUAGUGAAGGUCUACGGGGAAGGUGGCAGCCAUGGUGUUGAUUCUGGGCAGAAGGCUGAACAGAGAGGACUCUGGGAUCAGAGACUCGCCAGCUGUCAAACGCAAGGUGUUUGAGGUCGACUCCAAAACUUUAGCCAGCCAGGAUGUCUUGGACUUCUGUUCUGGCUCAUCCCACUCAGAGGGCAUCCUGCAGGUAUUCAAUGAGUUUCGCGACUGCCGCCUGUUCACUGAUGUUGUCAUCAGCGUACAGGGUCGCGAGUUCCCCUGCCAUCGCGCUGUGCUCUCUGCCUGCUCCUCCUACUUCAGAGCCAUGUUCUGCAACGAUCACCGUGAGAGCCGCGAGAUGCUGGUGGAGAUCAACGGCAUCCUAGCUGAGGCGAUGGACUCUUUCCUCACCUAUGUUUACACCGGCCGCGCCAAGAUCACCACAGAGAAUGUCCAGUUCCUCUUUGAGACCUCCAGCCUUUUCCAGAUCUACACACUGCGUGAUGCCUGUGCCAAGUUCCUGGAAGACCAGCUGGAUCCUUGCAACUGCCUGGGUAUCCAGCGCUUUGCAGAUGCCCAUAGUCUGAAGCAGUUAGCCAGUCGCUGUCGCAGUUACGCCCUGGCCAACUUCUCAGAGGUGGCUCAGCAUGAGGAGUUCCUUGACCUACGCAUAGAAGAGCUAGAAGAGUACACCGGCAGUGAUGAGCUGUCUGUUGGUAAGGAGGAGGUGGUGUUUGAGGCGGUGAUGAGAUGGGUGUACCACAGUAUGGAGCACAGAAGGCCGAUGCUGAAGGACCUGCUGCACCAUGUGCGCCUGCCCCUUCUGCACCCCAACUACUUUGUCCAGACGGUGGAGGGAGACCAGCUCAUCCAGAACGCUCCAGAGUGCUACCAGCUCCUCCAUGAGGCCAGGCGCUACCACGUGCUUGGAAAUGAAAUGAUGUCACCCAGAACUCGUCCACGCAGGUCGACUGGCUACUCUGAGGUGAUUGUGGUGGUGGGGGGUUGUGAGAGAGUCGGGGGCUUCAACCUGCCCUACACUGAAUGCUAUGAUCCAGUCACAGGAGAGUGGAAAUCACUGGCUAAACUCCCUGAGUUCACCAAAUCAGAGUAUGCCGUCUGCGCCCUCCGUAAUGACAUUCUGGUGUCAGGUGGUCGUAUCAACAGCAGGGAUGUGUGGAUGUAUAACUCCCAGCUCAACCUGUGGAUCAGAGUGGCUUCUCUCAACAAGGGCCGCUGGAGACACAAGAUGGGCGUCCUACUGGGCAAGGUCUAUGCUGUAGGUGGCUACGAUGGGCAGAGCCGCCUGAGCAGUGUGGAGUGUUACGACUCCUUCUCCAACCGCUGGACAGAGGUGGCUCCCAUGAAAGAGGCGGUCAGCUCUCCGGCCGUGGCCAGCUGUGCUGGCAAACUCUUUGUCAUAGGAGGAGGGCCCGACGACGACACCUGUUCAGAUAAGGUUCAGUGCUAUGAUCCAGAGACAGACUCCUGGUUACUGCGAGCCAACAUCCCCAUCGCUAAGCGCUGUAUCACAGCAGUGUCCCUCAACAACCUGAUCUACGUGUGCGGUGGUCUCACCAAGUCCAUAUUCUGCUACGACCCAGCAGAGGACUACUGGAUACAUGUGGUUCACACCUUCAACAAACAGGAGAGCUGUGGCAUGUCAGUGUGCAAUGGGAAGAUCUUCAUCCUCGGCGGCAGAGGCGAAAACGGUGAAGCGACAGACACCAUCCUGUGUUACGACCCGGCGACGGGCAUCAUCACAGGAGUGGCAGCCAUGCCACGGCCAAUCUCCUACCACGGCUGCGUCACCAUCCACCGCUACAAUGACAAGUACCACAGGCCCUGACCAUAAGCAAGCACACGCACGCAAGCACACACACACACACACACACACACACAAGAACUUAAACUCUUUGAAACGUAAGCUCUUCAAGUUUACCCCAUGCACAACACAAACACAAUCACACAUUUCUUUUUUACCCACAGUGCCGUUGAGCUAAUUUAUUUUCUCACAGCAUCAUGUAGCAAUACUCACUGUGGUGCUGUGAAUCUUUUGCUGUUAUAACCCCUCUGUGGAAACGCUCAGUGGUUGAAAAUACUGAUGACUUCUCUGUAACCUGAGCUAAUGUGGAGUCAAAUUAAUGUGGCAGAUGUGCCUUGCAUUAGUAAUAACUGCACAAAGUUGGGAAGUAAUGGAUCAGAUACAAAAUUAGAAAGAAACGUAUUUUAAUAACAGAUUACCUGUCGAAAAAAUAAAUAGAUAGACAGUAAAAAAAUAAAAGUAUAAAUUAGAAUUCGAGAUUUAUUUGUAACCUUAGGACCAGAUAUCUUUGGUAACAUAUUCAAAACUCAGUGUUCCCUUAGUUAUAUUUUCACAGAGCUUUCAACCAUAUGUCAUCACCUGACCUUAGCACGGUACUUAUGUCUUGAAGAAACUCUUGGGCAAACCAAAAUAAAAACUCUGUAAAAACAGGCUCCAUAUGCACCGACCUCAAAGAACACAAAAGAGCUUCAUCAUUGAUUGGCAUAUUAUAUAUCAAAAAGAUAUGAUGCCAUUUCGAACAGCUGACAAACCUGGCUUUUACUUUGUUUUUCACUAAAAAGGAUAUUCACCAAAAAAAAGAUACAUGCCCUAUCAGUGAAGCAAUAAAGAUAUUUGUGUCUUUAUUAAAUGUAAGGUAGAUUGAUUCCAGCAUGUUUUAAUGUCACUUUAAGUUUUAGUUUUAAGCACAUUCUAAUCAAUAUGGUGAUAUCGUAAACUGCAAUUAUUUUGGUCAGUAUAAUUAUGACAUUAAAAUGUUAUUGUUAAAUUUUUAUUGCUCCAUGACUUUUCUUGACCAAGUUCGAAUUUACUGAAGUAAGCCAUGGCAUAUGGUUAAAAACGUAGUUAAGAGCUAAGUAAGUAAAUGUUAGUUCAGGAUAAUUGACUAAUUGAUAAUUGAUCAUUUUUCAAGGAAAAUUUAACACCAAAGUGUCUAAAUGAUAAUGUUUAAAUUGUCUGCGUACUUAAUUAAAUGUUUUAUGGACUUAAUACUAACUAAAAGGUCUAAAACUCCCAACAGUGGCAAUGAGUUUUCAGAAGUGGUUUUGUUAUGGUACUGAUUACAAGCAGGUAAUAAGUUUGAAAGUCUGCCUCCCAACACUGCGCUUUUAUUACUGUGCAAAGUCACCUUCCCCCGAGAUCUAGAUUGCUGAUGAGCUGAAAUGAACUCAGAUUGUGCUGAUGAACAAAAACAAAGCCUUCAGGCAUAAAAUUGAAAAACAACCAUAAAAAAAACAAAAAAAGAAAGAGCCCAAAUGAUCUGCCAGCAGAAGAAAGAUGUAAAAGAAAAAAUGAGCAGCCAGGUCAGAUUUCUACCCACUGCACUCCAUGCAGAUAUAUACAGACAGUACAGCACGGUGCCAUUAAAGAGCAAUAAAAAGCACUGUCCUCCAUUUUUAAACUCUUUUUCUUGAUACUAAAAAGACCUCAUAAAAAUGUGGUAGACAGUCAGCCAGCUGCUCUCCGCAAUAUCAGUGGUCAUAAGUACAAGUUGUUCUCACCCGUUGACUCACAGCGGAGUUAUGAGAGGAGAUUAAAAAAAAACGGAGGUUGUGCCAAAAUGGCUUUGCCCUCUUUGUUUCCCUUUUCUUUCACAUCCCUUCACUUGUCACCCAGUUUCACUUCCCAUGUGCAUU